AUUUCAACAUCACCAGUACCAGAGCAUAGAGCUACACAAAACAAAACGCCAUGAGUAGCUUACGACAGUUCAAGGCCACAGAUCUCUUCAAUUUCAAUGCCAUUAACUUGGACUCGUUGACUGAGACUUACAACAUUUCUUUCUACCUAUCCUAUCUUGCUCGUUGGCCCGAUCUAUUCUCUGUCCAAUGUACUCCAUCCUCAACUUUGAUGGCCUAUGUGAUGGGAAAGGCAGAGGGUAAAGGCACAGACUGGCAUGGUCACGUCACUGCUAUCACUGUUGCGCCAGAAUAUCGUCGUCUAGGAUUAGCUCAAGGAAUGAUGGAUCUCUUGGAAAGGGUUUCAGAAUAUCCUUAUGAUGGAUACUUUGUCGAUCUGUUUGUCAGGAGGUCCAACAAAGUCGCCAUUGAGAUGUAUACACAGCUGGGCUACUCAAUCUAUCGAACUGUGAGAGGAUAUUAUAAUGGCGAGACAACAGAAGACGCUUUUGAUAUGCGGAAACCGUUAAAACGAGACGUGAAUCGACAAAGUGUUCGCGAGAAUGGAGAGUCAUUCAUAGUAGAGCCGCAUGAAGUAGUUUUCUAGUCCUUGUUGAGCGUCCUAUGG